AUGCCGAAGACCACUUUCCACAUUGCUGCUCUCUUUGCUCUCACUUAUCUUCUUCUUGCACCUGGUUUGAUCUCUUUAUCCUUCCUUCAAAAUCUUGUGUUUCGUCACUAUGCACGUGUACAAUGUGUCCAAACAAGGGAUUGCACAAACGUUUGUUCAGACGGUGGUCUUUGCAACGAAAACUUUAAAUGCAUUUGUUGGUCGCCAAACGCAGUGAUCAAUAGCGGACCGCCAUGCUGGUCGGACGAAAUGUGUUUUAGUACGUGCGGUGGAAAUGGUGGUUAUUGUAACUACGAAAUUGGAGGAUGUUACUGCCAAUGA